CAUCAAUCGAAAAAUGUGAAUAAAAUGAACGAUACUUAACGUAGAAAAAAGUGAGUAAUACCAUGGCAAAAACACAAUCCAACACACAAUUGAGUAAACAGCUCUCAUGGCUACUGCGUCAUGGCGCCCAAAAAGAGGGAAUCGCAAUACAGCCAGAAGGUUUUGUCUGUGUCACUGAUAUUCAACGGCAUCCACGCUAUGGCGCCAACUUUAGCCUAGAAAAACUAAAGGAACUUGUGGCCGCAGACGCUAAGCAACGAUAUACACUGCGCUGCAAUCCCGUGACAGGAGCUCAAGAGAUACGCGCCAAUCAAGGACAUUCGCUGGGCGCUGUGACGUCGGAGGCGUGCUUAGAGCGCAUACAAAGCAUAGAGCAGUUGCCGCCAGGGGCUGUUGUGGUCCAUGGCACCUACUAUCGUCACUGGGAGCGCAUCAAGAGCGAGGGUCUAAAGCGCAUGCAACGCAAUCAUGUUCACUUCGCUGUGCUCAACAACAGCGAGGGUGAUAAACGUGGUGUCAUCAGUGGAUUCCGUGGAGAUUGCCAGCUGCUGAUCUAUUUGAAUGUGGCCAAGGUGUUGGAGCAUCAGCUUGAGCUAUUCCGUUCGAGCAACAAUGUUGUGCUUUGCGCCGGAAUCGAGGGCAGCAUUCUAACGGAAUAUUUCCAACGUGUUGUCGAUCGACGCACGGGGAAAUCGUUGUUAAUUUAGU